UUGGAAAAGCAAGCACUACUUUACCAUUACCAUUAAACCCCAAUAGCAUUUCUAGAUUCAAUCCCAAAAAACAGAAGAACAAGAAGAAGAAGCCAUGGAUAAGGAGGUCUUCCUAGCUUCUAGUGAUUCAUCUCUAAUGUCGGAUGUAACUGGAGUCCUGAGAGCAGCCAUCAAGCUUCCUUCUAGAAAUAGGAAACUCACGGUAUUGGUCACAAUCCUCCUUCUUUUUCCCUUCUCCAUCCUUGUUACAUUUCAUGCUGUCUUAGCUGGGCCUCUGCUACAAAAGCUUGAGGACUUCAAUGACAGCCCUUCUACAGCCCAGAAAGAUGCCUGGAUCUUGGUGUGUCUUGAAUUUGUUUUCUCAGUAAUCUUCUGUGUCAUUUCUCUAUUUGGUAUGGCUGCAACAAUAAAUUCAUCUUCUGCAACUUACCAAGGUAACUUUAUAAGAUUUAGGGAGUUGUUAUUGAUGAUCCAAGCAACAUGGAAAAGGUUGAUCAUCACAGGGCUAUAUUUUUUGCUAAUCACCAUUGCUUAUGUGUUUCUCUGUCUGAUGAUGCUUGAGGCCUUCAUUUUAAUUACUUCUGUUGGUGCCACUGUUGCCUGGAUUAGCAUUGUGGGUAUUUCUGCUACAUUAUUAUAUCUUUACCCAGCCACUGUUUUUAUGUUGGGUCUUGUGAUCUCAAUUCUAGAGGACUGUUAUGGAAUGAAAGCACUUGGGAAAGCUAGGGAACUCAUCAAGGGUAGAAAGGUUCAAGGGUUUGUUCUGAUGUUGUUUCUAGAGCUACUGAGCACUCCAAUUUCCUUUCUGUUGAUUCUUCUCACAGUGGAUGAUGAUGAUGAUCUUGGAGCAAUGACUCAGAUUGCUUUUGGUUCUGUUUUCACUUUCCUCUUUUGUAUUGUAAGGCUUUUUGCCUUUGUUGUUUACACUCUCUUCUAUUAUGAAUGCAAGAAGGGUCAUGAAGAGAAUGUACCAAUUGAAUUGUGGAGCACUGGGUACAAUGUUAAUCCCAUCAGCUUUGAUUAAAUUGCUCUUCUUCAAUUCCCUACUUCUGCUUAGCACUUGUUGGGGAUUGGAAUUUGUAUAUAUCUUUCGUGUAUGUGUUUCCAUCGCAAGGCUUUUUUGCUUAUGUGGUAUAUACUGUAUUUUUGUAAUUAAGAAUGCAAGAAAAGCCAGGAAGUACAGAUUAAAUUAUGGCCAGGUCGGUGUAGUUUUCUAA